UCUUUCAAUUGUUUUUACUCUCUCUCUCUCUCUCUCACAUAUACAUACACACACAUGUAUGUAUGUGUGUUUUUCUAUAUAAUCUAGUGUCUAAAACCUAAAGCCCACUUCAUUUACACAACUCAUAGAGUAUCUGUUUAUUUUCAAUUACUCAUUAGCCAUGGAUUAUGAAGCCAAUACUUCUCUUAGUCUGAGUUCCUUAAAAGAUAAGCUAAAUCUAAACCUAGUACUGGACCCUUUGUCUUCUUCAUCAUCAUCAUCACCUUUGGAACCCGUACGAGUUUUUUCUUGCAACUUUUGCGGAAGGAAAUUCUACAGUUCACAGGCUCUUGGAGGACACCAAAAUGCUCACAAACUGGAGAGAACCUUGGCCAGGAAAAGCAAAGAAUUAUGCUCGGCGGUUAAGCCACACGCCGGAAUUGACCAGCUGCAGCCUUCAUCCGGAGGUUCUGCUGGCGGCCGGAGUCGCUUGCCGGGGCCACUUAUCGGGGUUGAUGAGCAAGGACAUGCUGGUAGGUUUAACAGUGACAUGAAUUAUGGAAGAAGAAAUUAUUGGAAUGAUGAUUACAAUAAGGGAGAGAGUGUUGAGGAAGAGCUCGGUCAGCUUGACUUGACUCUAAGGCUUUGACUUUCAUCGACCUACGAAAGUUUAAUCAGAAGGAAAAUUCCGUUGAUGAAAAUUUUAUCGAUGGAUUAUUGGCAUAUUGCAUAAUUUUAGAAAUAAUUUUCUAGAUGAUUACUAAGAGAAUUUAUACAUGUUAAUUAGAAACUAAAUUAAUGUCUAGGAUACAGAACGUGGUAAGUUUGAUUAGUUACCAAAUUAAAUAUUUUCUUGGUUUAAUUAACGAUUCAAUAAUAUCCCUUAUAACGAGCAGAUAAGUAGUAAUCCACAAAUUAUUAGAAUUGGUGUCACAAAUGUAUGUUAAAGGGAAGUAUAUUUGAUAUAUUGUGUGAUGUUUGCAA